CCACCGAGCCUCACGCUACUGCUCGCUGAGGGAGGAGAAAGUAUCCAGUUCCGGAGCCCUCUCUAGCCCGGCCUAACCUUUACUCCAGCGAUCAUGGCUGCCGAGGAUGUAGUGGCGACGGGCGCCGACCCGAGCGAGCUGGAGGGCGGCGGGCUGCUAAACGAGAUUUUCACGUCGCCGCUCAACCUGCUGCUGCUUGGCCUUUGCAUCUUCCUGCUCUACAAGAUCGUGCGCGGGGACCAGCCGGCGGCCAGCAGCGACAGCGACGACGACGAGCCGCCCCCUCUGCCCCGCCUUAAGCGGCGCGACUUCACCCCUGCCGAGCUGCGGCGCUUCGACGGCGUCCAGGACCCGCGCAUACUCAUGGCCAUCAAUGGCAAGGUGUUCGACGUGACCAAAGGCCGCAAGUUCUACGGGCCGGAGGGGCCAUAUGGGGUCUUUGCCGGAAGAGAUGCAUCCAGGGGCCUUGCCACUUUUUGCCUGGAUAAGGAAGCCCUGAAGGACGAGUAUGAUGACCUUUCUGACCUCACUCCUGCCCAGCAGGAGACCCUGAGUGACUGGGACUCUCAGUUUACUUUCAAGUAUCAUCACGUGGGCAAACUGCUGAAGGAUGGGGAGGAGCCCACCGUGUACUCGGAUGCGGAAGAGCCAAAAGACGAGAAUGUUAGGAAAAAUGACUGAAGCAUUCAGUGGAAACAUAUCUAUUUUUGUAUUUUGCAGAAUCAUUUGUAACAUUCCAGUCUGUCUUUAAAACAUGGUGAUUUCAAUAUUUAGAAAGGUUUUGAACUUGCUGUAAUUUUUUUAAAUUAACAUCACUAGUGACUGAUAAAAUUAACUUGUCUUAGAAUGCAUGGUAUGUUUGUGUGUCACAAAUCCAGAAAGUGAACCACAGUGCUGUAAUACAAAUGUUCUUACUGUUUUUCUCCUAUCUGUAGCUGAUACGGGAUGAAUUUAAAUUUGUUUUUCCUGAGAGACAGGUAAGACUUGGGUAUUUCCCCAGACAGGUAAAAAUGUUAAAUGUGCAAAGUCCUUUAAGCACCAGAACAAAGGGAUCAACUUGUAGUCAGAAUGUUCUCUAAGGACAGCAAAUCCCUUACUUCUCAAUUGACUUAACUGCAUGAUUUCUGUUAUAUCUACCUCUGAGGCAAAUCUGCAGUGUUUCAAAGGCUUUGCUAUCAAUUAAAGAGAGCUGUCCCAUAACAAAAUGAAAUCUCAAAGCUGGACUCAGUUGGAAAAAAUACAGUUACUGUUUCUAGACUGCAGCAUUGUUCUAUGGACAACUCAGAUGCCCUCACUAACACAGUUAUCUUCAGUGAGGAUUAAAACAGGCUCUGAACAUUGAAAAGAAAGCUUUUUGGAAGAAUCAGCUGGCUUGCCUAAAACCUUAAAUAUAUUAAGAAUAUUGUAGGACUAUCUGAUCAACCCCUGCAUUCAUGGCUGGACAAUGUUUGUUUACACUUUGAUGUGAGAUUGAGGCAUGCAGAACAGGAAUAGGUAUUAGCUCUCCUAAGAGCCUUCACACACACUGCUGAAGAAUGAGGAAAGUACCCAUCACUAGCCAAGUGGUUUUUAAAGUAUAUUCAUUAAGGUAACAGUUAUUCAUGUUACAAAAUCAUAGCUACUGCAAGAGUAGUAGUCAAGUGUCUAGGUCUUUGAUAUUGGUCUUUUGGUUAACAAUAAACUUAGCUUAAGUAGACUGUACAGCUGUAUGAAUUUGUAAAAGUAUUACACGAACAACUAGUGAAGUUUCAAACUCCUGUAAUUGUAGUUGAAUAGUCAUUGUAUUUUCUUGUGAACCCGUGUUUAAUGGUUUUACCUCAAAUCAGAAAAAAUGAAGUGCUUUGGUCAGUUAAUAAAAUGGUUUUACCCAGUA